AUGCCUUCCUACGCCGUUAUCGGGGCUUCUCGCGGAAUUGGUUUGGAGAUAGUUCGCCAACUGGCAACAGAUUCCGCCAACACCAUCUUCGCGGUCGUUCGAGACAAGGCGAAUUCGCCUUAUAUUGCCACUGUGGCUUCCUUUCCGAAUGUGCAUAUCUUGCAAGCCGACGUGGUUGACCACGCUGCACUAAAGGUUGCUGCGGUGGAGGCUGCUUCCAUCACAGGCGGAACCUUGGAUGUUUUGAUCCACAGCGCUGCCUAUAUGGAUGUUACUUUCAUGUCCCGUGGCUUGACCGAUUAUGAAAGCGAUGAGCAACUCGAUGCAGAACUCACGAAAGCUUUCCAAAUUAAUGCCCUCGGCGCCGUUCAUUCCAUCAAUGCCUUCCUCCCAUUGCUUCGCAAGGGAACCGUCAAGAAGAUCAUGGUACUCAGCAGCGAAGCUGGUAACCGUGAUAUGACGUGGCAGAUGCGCUUUUCCGGUAUGGCUGCGUACGGGCUGUCCAAAGCGGCCCUCGAUAUGGUGAUGACGAAAUAUGCCGCUCAGCUGGAGCGGGACGGAUUCACUGUCUUCGCACUCAGCCCUGGGCCGACUGACACAGGGUCUACGUCCAACCUUGUAGUCAACGAGCUUAAUACUCCUGAGAUGCAAGAGCUCAUGAAGCGAUGGGAAGACUCAGUCGCCAAUCUAGAUACUUCAAUGAUGCCGGUAGAUCAGACGGUCAAAAGGGUGCUCAUACUCCUCGCCAAGUUAGGCCCAGCAGAUUCGGCCAGCUUCCGUCUCUCGGAAGAAGUUCGUGCGAUUCAAGUUUAG